CGAGACAACAGUUGGCGGGCCCAUCAAACUGUCCGUCAACCUGCUCGCAAGGCCACAAUGAUGCUCUGACGGGCUCCUGAUCAUACCGCGACUCCCCCGCCUCCGUUGUGAACUCAAUCCUCAAUCCCCCGACUGGAUCCACUCCGCUGCCCAGUGAUCGUUGAUGACACUUCCCCACCGAUACCUCACACCCAACAACAAUAAUGGAUGACCUGAACGGCCUGAGCUGGACUCCCAGCUCGUCCAAUGAUGCCCGCAAGCCACCACCGAUGAAUACUGGCCUUUUGUUUCCGAGCGUCAGGCGGAAUGACACCUCUGGCCGAUCUACGCCCCUCUCUGCCUCCUCUGGCCCAUCGAACGUUCCGUCGAAGUCUGCGACACCGGACAAGGACAGCUUCGCCAACCUUGUCUCCUUUGGCUCGGGCAAUGCGAAUAAGAACCUUUCACUUCUCGAGCAGCAGAAGAGGCUGGAAGAGGAGCGAGCUAGAAAGGAGGCAGAGAACAGAUCUCGGUUCGAAACGCAGUAUGGAGGGCAGAACUCUCACUUCUGGGACAGCUUGGAAAAGGGCCGGGGUAACGGGUUUCCUACGUCUGGCACUCCGGCUCAGCAGAGCGCCCCGUCGCCCGAAGAAGAUGAUCUCCUUGCCGCUUUCAACGCGUCUGCACCUGUAGAUGCAUCGACGAACUUCCCAGUACCUGACCCUAGCCCAUCAACGCAACAUCCGAUCUCCUCCCCGGCUGUUCCCAGCAAGGUAGACACUUCGCGGCAGACCUUCACCAUGUCCUUUCCUGAUGACGAUGAUCCCUUCGGCCUCAAUCAACUGAAGCCCAAGUCCGCGCAACCUCCACAACCUGCACAGGCCGAUGACGAUGACGACUUUCUUGGCUUGCUGGGCAAGCCUGUGUCUGAAAUUCCUCGACCAGAGCCUCCUGCAAAAGCACCCACACCCGUUGAAAGCGAAUACCAUGCUCCGUCUCCCAAGCCGUUGAAUGGAGUGGAUCGGGCAGUCGCAGAACUUGUGGACAUGGGAUUUCCUGCCGACAAAGCCAGCCAGGCCUUGCGAAUGACGUCAUCUGGUACCGAUGUCCAGGCUGCAGUGGGCCUGCUUCUCACGCAGGCGCACGAAGAAGCCCGCCAAAAGUCCAAGAGUCGGCCGACCCCGGACGAACGGUAUACCGAACAGCCCAGUAGAAGCCGAGAGCGCAGCGAAAGACCUGGGCGUGAUGUGCCUUCAUGGAUGCAGCAGGAGCGGUCCCGUAGCAACAACCGAACAUCUUCGCCAGCAGAAAAGGAUCCGUCGCAGAUUGCGGCGGCUUUUGGAAAUAAUUUGCUGAAGACAGCAAACUCUCUUUGGAAAUCUGGCAGCAAGAAAGUACAGCAAGUGGUCCAGGACCUCAAUGCGGAUCAUGAUCCAAGCCAGCCUCGGUGGCUGAGAGAUGCUUCUUCGCAUGAUGAGUCUCCGUCUAGUGACCGUCCCCGGGUGGCUAACCAGCCCCAAGCCCGGCCCGAAAUGAUGACCGAUGAGGCACUUUUGCUAGAGUCUGGCGGCCCCCCCCGUCCGUCGCGCAAUGCCAUGCGAUCUGACGAUGCACUGCCUCGCCGUCCAUCACGCAACGCUCUGCGAUCCGAGGAUGGACUGGCAUCUCGUUCGAGCAGCAAUGGUGCUAGGCAUCAACCGUCUCCGGCUACCGAAAGGCGUAUGCAACAGCCUGCUUUUAUGCAGCAGCAGAUACGAGCAGAAACGAAGGAUCCGAGGUCCCGGUUGACGAAAUCAGCCCUGGAGGAGCAGUCGGCGCAAGCCUAUGUCAGUCCUGCACGGAGGAAGCGCCCUGUUGCCCCAUCGCCUGCCCCGGAACCAACGGUCGACUUGUUCGAGAGUUCUGCGCCUGCACCGGCUCAGAGGCCAAAGCCAUCACCCGCACCAGCGCAAUCAUUACGGACAUCUACGCCAUCUACUACUCUACCUGCACGGCCCAAGGCUCCGCCUCGAGCUGUACCGCCAGUAUCUCAGGACGCCCUUUCCACUACACACCGACAGCGUGGAAUAGCAGCAGAAGCCUAUAAGCGGGGCGACUACGCUGCUGCACAUGAGGCCUUCACGGCGGCACUCACACCGCUGCCUAACAAGCACCCUAUUACGAUCAUUAUCCGCAGCAAUCGCGCCAUGACUGCUUUGAAGGUCGGCGAGCCUAAGGAAGCGAUCAGCGAUGCGGACAUCAUCGUGGAAAUUAUCGGUCCUUCCAAGGGAGAAGGCGAGAGUAUCGAUCUCCUGAACGGAGAACCCAGUAAGCCAAUGAAGGAUUUCUUCGGAAAGGCGUUGAUGCGCAAGGCCGAAGCCCUGGAACAACUGGAACGAUGGGCAGAUGCCGCUCAAACGUGGAAGCUGGCCGUUGAGAAUGGUCAUGGUGGUAGCACCAGUAUUCAAGGCCGCACCCGAUGCGAGAAAGCAGCUGGUAUCAGCAAGCCCGUGUCGAAACCCGCGGCACCCGCAAGACGUCCCCCAGCGCCAGCACCCAAGAAGGUCUCAGCUCUGGAUGAUGUACAGGGCCGCUCGGCUUCAUCUGGCGCUUCCUUCGAGGCCGUGACUCGCCUACGAGCAGCCAACCAAGCAGCGGAACGUGCUGACGAAGAAAAGUUCGCCCUCUCCGAAAGCGUUGAUGCUCGCGUGGCAGCGUGGAAGAACGGCAAACAAGACAACCUGCGAGCGCUCCUGGGCAGCCUGGAUACCGUUCUCUGGCCCGAAGCAGGAUGGAAGAAGGUCAACAUGUCCGAAUUGAUCAUGCCCAACAAGGUGAAAAUCCAAUACAUGAAGGGAAUUGCCAAAGUGCAUCCAGACAAGAUUCCCACCAACGCCACCACCGAGCAACGCAUGAUCGCGGGCGCCGUCUUCGGUGCCUUGAACGAAGCAUGGGACAAAUUCAAGAAAGAGAACAACCUCUAGCUGCAAAUAUCUCAUUUCCCAACCCCAAUCCUUUCUUCUCAUCUAUCCACUUAUCCCUCAUCUCCUGCUAUCCUAUCCUAUCCUAUCAUAUCCUAUUUGAUAUUCCAUAUCUGAUAUCUGCUUCAUUCUCCAUUGAUCUCACCCUGCAUCUUCACCUGAACUGAUAUCAUAAAUAGCCUUAGCCGGUGACUUCUUUUCCCUGCUGUCAUACCUACUCGCUUCCAUUGACACGCAUGAGCACAUACAAUUGUACAUAAAUAGACCUAUACCUACCUACCUACCUACCCACUCGAGUUCACAUCUAUGACUGAUGAGGAAGAUAUUCGGUUGAUGCUGGUCAGUUCCUUAGAGAGAGGAUAUUUGGGAUGCUGUAAAUCCAUUACAUUAACGAUAGUGUAGUAACUAGUGAUUAUGAGGGUUUUGAUUGUCCAGUUUGCUGAUUGAUUCGAGACAA